GACUAAAAUCUCCUCUGCGAAGUACGAUGACGGACGAAAGAUUAAGCUCCCUAGCAAUCCCUCAUAAAUUAUACAUAAACAUAAGAACGUGGAUUGACAGGUUGGUAACGGAGUUUACCCGUCUUAAGGGUCGACGCCUCGCCCUUUGCUUCUGACCUGUCUUCAUUGUUUUUGUACAACUUUCUACUGCAUUUUUGCCGCAUUUUUUAUUGAAAAUGCCCCCCAGAAAAACCAGGAGACGGCAUUUCCGAGACCCUAAAUUUCAAAAUUUUCUGGGGGAGCAUGCCCCCAGACCCCUCUAGAUGUAAGCGCCUUUGCCGCUUAAGAAAAAUUUAUUCUCGUGCGUACAUCUUCAAAAUCCCACGCUACGCCCCUGAGAGUGAUGGAUUAAUAAACUGAUGAUAACCACAGCCUUAAACCAUUUUUAACCGAAGGCUCAAUAAAUACGAAAAAACAGAGUCAAAAAUUGAUAUUGUUUAAAAAAUGCAUGCUGUGUAUGAUGAAAAGCUAAACAUUGUUCUCUGAGAUUACAAAGUCACAACUGUACAGACACUUAAGAUCACAGCAUACCUGGGAAAUGACCAUGGGAGCAGACACUUCUUACUAAAUGGACCUAAACUUCAGAACACAAACUGUACUGAGACGUUUUUGUUGGCUGCAAUAAUGAGAAAUCAAAAUCAGACAUCAGGUCGCCUUCUAGCAAACAACAACAAUAGCGAGGGUUUUUCAAAUUCAAGCCCCUCAGUUGUAAGUGUUUCAUUUCAUCAAUCCUGUCCAGGUCUUGAUGAUGUGUGUUCCAUCGACAAUGCAAAAUCGUCAAGUUCUUUUUGAACAAAAAAUCUUUCCUUUGAGAUGUGACAAAUUUUUUGUCUGCCAUAGCCUAAUACGUAUUAUUUGAUGUCAAACUGUUCCUUUGUGAAAACCGUUUGUUCAUUUUACUUCCCCUCCAACUUUUCUUUUAGAAUACAGCCACAUUUAAGUCCCAUUGAAGUGACCUCCAAGAUCUGAACUUCGAUAAAUUAUACCAUUUAGUGGUCUAAUAAAAAAUCUUCACUGUCUUGUCUGUCCAUGUACCACAUGUGUCCAAACAAUCAAUCUCAUGAUUUCUUUGAUUAACAGUCUUUUCACCCAGCGCAACCUGUUUUUUCCUUGGGAGCCUCUUGACCAAUCGGAAAUAUCUGCACUCCCAGAAAGCAAGUUAAGACAAUUUUCGUGAGCCUCAUGGGCAGGCGCUACUUCUCCCCUCAUGUGUUUCCCUCAUGUGCCCAAUUCUUUCUGGCACCCACUACUUCCAAAGCGCCUGCUACACAGGCUAUUCUGUAUCAGAUACAUGCAAGAGAGAAUGAGCUAAGAGAUUGAGUCCCCGAUACAUGACCCUCUUCCCAUGAAAAUUAUUUUAAAUCCAUUCUUUGAUCUGUGUCAUACUGCUUUGUUAUUUUAAGGAGGUCACCUUAUUGGUUGGUUAGAGUGGUGUCAUAUAAUUUUGAACUUGGCAGGUAAUUCAUUUUACUGCCAAUCAUGCACAGCAACCAGUAUGACAUGCAAACUUGGUAUUACUUUCACGGACGAGUCAAAAGAUUUCUUCAUUGAAAAAUUUUGCCAGAGUAGCCGCCAACAAGGAAAACAACCGUGGCUUGCAAGAGUUGCUGGAGAAAGCGGUUUUGACUUGACAAAAACUGCCCAUUGUAGCCUUUGCUACAUCAGUAUAUAUGCAUGUAAACAACCAACAACCUCGAGUAAGUCAUACUAUUGUAAAUGGCAGCGGUCCCUUCUGGCAAUGUCUAUGCAAACCUGUGAGAUGUAUCAAUACCGUUGUUUGGAUCUAAACAUGGACAUGUAACAAGAAAACAGGUUUAAACUACUAAGUGUGUUCAAACAUGACAUAUUUGGCUGCCAAACAUUUUAAUUUUGAGAGGGCGUUAGACAAAUGUUCAAGAACAAUGUAGGUGCACUGCUCACUAUAAAGAGAUAUUGACUGAAACAGGAAACUACGCAUGAAAAGUCUUUGGCAUCGAGGUUACCAACUGUUUAACAGCUUGAGGCAUCUGAACUGAUUUGUGUUUGCACAGCAAAAUAUUCAUCACAAGUAUUAGAUGUAUCUAGAAGAAGUAAUGCAGUUUGAAACUCUCAAUAAUUAUUCUUAAAAGCAAGUUUGCUGUUUCUGAAUGAGAAGUGUUCCGGGAAACAGAGGAAAAAAUGUCUUGUACAUUUGCAUAAACAACUGAAGCCAGCCACUUAUUAAGGUUUUGUAUUUCACACAUGAUAACUUUUGCCUUUAGUUUUCAUGGUGUACAUUCAAUAUUCGUUACUGUAAAUGAGGCCACCAGCUGUUAGAAAAUCUCAAUCUUAAAUCUGAAAGUGAAAUUUUGACUCCAAUACUGCAAUCCAUUCUAAAUGAAAUGUUUUCCCAACCAAUGGGUGGAACGUGCCAGCUAUUAAAGAAACAUUGCAACAACUUAAACCUUUGGCAUGCCAAUUUCUAUAAUGGAUGUCAAACUUCAAAUGUUUGACAGCAAAAUAUGUCACACUCAUGUAAACAAAGACCAUGCAGGUCAUGAAACCAGCAGACAAAAAUAGCCUUCACUAUGCAUAUGCGAACUUUCAAUAGAUUUCAAAUAGUUAUCACAGGUAGCAUGCAAAGAAAGUAGUGUCCGAUAGCCCGGGGCUAGUGGAUUUUGCUGUCGGGCUAGUGAAUUCUGUUUUUAACUUGCCCGAUGGGCAAGUGAAGUUUUUUGAGGAAUUCGAAUAACAGGAGAACUGUGAAAUUAAUUCUGCUGGUCAAAAAGCUUUUGGGGCUAGUUGAAAUGACGUCUGGGCUAGUAAAUGCUAACUUCAGCUUGCCCGAAAGGAUCUUGAUGAAGUAAUUUCGUUUAAGUACUAAGGUAUUGUUAUCAGUCAGUAAUCGUUUAACUUGGCAAGAUCAUGUUGAUCAAAUGUUUUCUAAGAUAAAUAAGAAGCUGGGUCUACUUAAACGUAUUCGUUAUUGCCUACCUUUAGAUGCUAGAUUGCUGUUUUUUAACAGCUAUGUUCUGCCAUUGUUUAACUAUACUGAUAUCAUAUGGGGGGAUAGGAGCAACUCCACUCUAAUGUUGCAACUUCAAUCUUUACACAAUAAAGCUGCAAAAAUAAUUUUAGAUUUGCCUAUUGGAUCAUCUGCUAGUGGGGCCAUGAAUAAACUGAAUUGGAAAACUCUCGCAAGACGUAGGGCCGAGCAUAGGGCAACUUUUAUUUAUAAAUGUUUGAAUAACUUAUUUUCACAUCGUCUUAAUAUUGAAUUCAAUAAGGAUAAACAUGAUUAUAAUACUAGAUGUAAAAACGAUAUUCGUAAGAGUGCAUCUAAUAGGAAUGGGCCAUUGGACCUCGACAAACUUUGCCUCAAACAAUUGGAAUAAAUUGGACCUUUCAAUCAGACAAAGCCCAUCAUUAGCUAGUUUUAAGAGAGUGUUGAGAAAUGUAGAUCGUUUUUAGUUUAAUUUUUAUAUAUUCAUAUAUUAGUCUUUAUUUUUCCUUUUUGUUCAUUUUUAAUUUUUGAGGACUCUUUUGUAAAUCACUGAUCAGUGAAAUUGAUAUCCUCAAUAAAGACUAUUAUUAUUAUUAAGCUGUAAAAAUGACAGGGCUCAGGAAUUCGCUCUCUUUAGCUCAUUCUCUCUUGGUACAUGUAGUAUGAUUGUUAUUGUAUCAUAGGUAUGACAAGGAAAUGUUUUUCUAUUACAUCAUCAUCACAUCUAUUACAUUACAUGAAUUGAAGGGCUCCUUGCAAAAUCAUUAUUGUCUUAACCCAUGCCUACUUUUUGAGAGGUAACCAAAUUGUUACGUGAAUUUUGACUCCCUUGCAGUAUUGAUGAUGCUUGUUUGAAUGAUGGACAUGGUUAUACACCAAAAUCAAUAUAUUCUUGGUUGACAAGAGUCAUGUACUACAGGUAAAGGAAACUUUCUUAUUACUUGUUUUUACUUACUACUCCAUCAUAACCACUACACAAAACCUAGCAGAUGUCUUGCAAGACUUACACUUGAGUGUUUGUUGUACCAAGAUUUUUUAGAGUCUUGCUGAUAUUAUGUUUGUCCACCUCUAAGGGGCACCAUCGUGCCUCAAACUAACAGAAAAUUUUGUUAUUGUGUUUUUAUAUAAAAGGGAGCAGUCAUACCUCAAGAGCUUAUAGACAUUGAAAUUAAUGUAUAUUCCAAUACAAGGAGUGUUUAGAAAGCAAAAAACUCAAGAGCACAGCCAUUUGUUUACCUACAGUGUAUGUGGCUAUUUUAGUGUUGUUGACACAAGAGGCCUCUGAAUUCAAUAUAAUAUAAAAGAGAUUCUCACCAUACUGAAGCAAUGUAAAAAGAUAAGUGUUCAUAUGUUCAAACAUAAUGACACUACUGUACAAACUCAGAAGGACUGAUAAUUAUUACUGUAAAAUUUGAUUAUGCCACAUACAUGUGCAUGUACAAACCAGUGAUUUUUAUCAAACUAAUACAGCUCUAUAUUUGACAAAUUAAGAUAUUAUCAGUUUUUCAUUAGAUUGUUUUUUAAAAUUAAUAUGUUUAUUCUGCAUAGGCGUACCCGCUUUGAUCCUUUGUGGAAUCAGAUUGUUGUGGGUGGUGUCCACAAUGGUGAAAGGUAAGAUUAGUUUAUAAGGUAUUUUAAUUUACUACUGUGCUGAAUAAUGACCUUUAUUUACAGUGUGCAUCAUAAACUUGUUAAUUUGAUAAGCCUUUGACUUUUUUAUUUCUUGUCGUAUGCUCUUAAGUUUUCUAGGUUAUGUUGACAAGAUUGGUGUUGCUUUUGAAGCACCAACAAUAUCCACAGGAUUUGGAGCAUAUCUGGCACAGGUGAGGGUAGUUUGUUUGUAGCCCUUUCCUUGAUCUUAGGCUACCCAAAGUCAAACUAGGGAAGAAGUCUUAAGUCCAGAUUGGGUCACUAGUGUUGUAAGGGAGGCUUAAUUGAAUAUAGCACCAGUGAAACCCCAGCCAGACCAACACUUAGGGUCUUUAAACAACCGAGGAGAAUGGGCUGUCUUUGUUCUGACAUCUACAAAAUAAUUGUUAGACAUCCUAGUCUCUCAGAUGAGGACAAAAAAUUAGAGGCAUUUUCUCACAGCUCUUUCACUGUUCUGAUUCUUGUGUGAUGUUAUAAAGACCCCUUACUGCUGUUUGUAAAGAGUGGGGAACAUAGACUCCUGUGGUGCGGACAACCUUUCAUGGGCUUGGUGGGUUAUAAUACAUGCGGUUCAUACAUUUUGUACCCAAGUCCUGUUUCAUCCCCUGUGACAGUGACAAAUUUCUGUAAGAAAUAAUUAAAUGGAAUAUAGAUUUACAACAGAGUCAGCAGUCCAUCUCUAAAUAGAGAUGGGGGUAAAUUCGACCUUCACUGAUCUGAACAAGGCUGAUCAGGUCACAAGUCACAUGACAUAUUAAAUCCACCGUGAACAAGGCUUUAGCAGAGUUGAAAGCUCAGAAAUUUCUUCUCAGUGUAGUGAGUAAAAUUUAUAUUGUUUCAAGCGUAAUAAGAAGUCCCAAAUUUAUCAUGCAGAAGAAGUCACAUCAUGGUAUGUGUAAUUCUUCCUUAGACUCAAGGUUACAUGCAUUUGGACUUGCUUUCCGCUGAGUAACUUGUAUCACAAAUAAUUUCUGUUCCACUUGUCUGUCAAGGAAGAUGUAGGGUAUGAGUCUAACAAAUCAAUCCAUUAGAACUCUAAGCAACUACAUGUUCAUGUUUGUUAUGAUAAUUAUACACCUAGUUAGUGCCAGAAGUGUGGUUUUAGUUUUUGCCCAUACAAAGUACUUCCCAGUAGUUAAGGGAGAGUUGUGGAAUUUAUUGGUUAUAGAUUCAAAACUGAGGGACGGCCAGCCAAGGUAUUAUUAUCAUCCUAAAAAUUCUUGUUGAAGUUUACUUGUACUAUAUAAUUACGGAGAUUUUCAAUCUAACUUGUCUUGUUAUACGCAGCCAAUUCUUCGUGAUGCCUUUGAGAAGAACCCUGGCAUGUCUCUUGAUCAGGCACGGCAAGUGAUGGUCAACUGUCUACGAGUUUUGUUUUACAGAGAUGCGAGAUCUCUAAACAAGGUGUGUACGGUUAUCAUUCGUUUGCACCUGUCAUGUCAUUAGGGCUUAUUCCUUCGGAAGAUACAUGUACCAACAGUGCCUAAUGUGUACCUGUACUCCUAACAAGAUCCUGAUUAAGAUGUACAUGUAUUGUCACUUUUUGCUUCAAAAUUCUCCACCACUGAACCACAGAGUAUCCAGUCUCUUGUGUUUUUUUUCCCAUCUAAGUAGCUGAAUUCUUAUACCUGCCGGAUAAUCAGCGUUUUUUUCCAUUGGCAGGCAAAUAACUAGACUAUAAAUGAACUGAUUUUGAGGUACAGAGACCAGGAGCCCUAAUAUGGGGCGGGAGUGGUGCGGGAGACCGGAAAUAAAAGGGAAGAAAUUUGACAUGAAAAUUGACAAAGCAAAUAACAAUUAAAUAAAUAGUUUCGCACGAAUGGAGUCCGCUUGAGUGUUUAGCGUGGGUCUUUUACCUCGGAUGAGUAACAUAUCGAAAAUCAGACACUCUAGUUUUCCUCGUCAUUUCUUGAGGAUUUUAAAGUUUUCACCAAGGUUCACCUGCUAAACAUCGUGUUUCUCGAUGAAUGCUUGCCAACUACCGAAUGUUUAAAUGUUCCUCUAGACGUUGAUGAACGUGACGGCACGCGUUCAUGUAUCCUACAUACAUGCACUUUUCGCACGUUCUUUUUCUAUAAAAAAAAUUAUAUAUUUCCUCGAAUCAUGUUAAUUUCUUAUCUUUUAAUGAUGAUGACGUGGAGCCAUCGAAACGUCGAUGUUUCUAUAUAUCGUUGAUUUUUGGUUUAAAAUGGAUAUCUUUAAGCAAAGCACGUCAAACUAUUUACACCUCGACAGUUUUAUCGAAACGACUUGAACAAAACGACCUAAAACCGCGAUAGUUGGGCAGCGGCCAUUCUAAGAAUGUUGCACAAAGUGUCUUUUCUCCUUGCGACCAAUGUUUUAUGUCUGGCGACCAUUUUAUAAAAUUUUUUUUUUAUAAAAGCCGCCUGUGCUAGAAAUUGAUCUUUGAGGCACUGUAAUAGCCAAUCAGAUUGGUUACUGGUAGUUUCGAUACAAAUUCGUCUUUCAAUACCAGUCCUUUUGAUUCAAGUUUUUUAAGAAUAAAAGAAAGCAAAGUUCCCCGCAAGGGGGAAGGAGAGUGGUGUGAAUAUCUGGAACUACACAAUGACAGAUACCCGCUCAAUUUAAAUUUAAAGUUUGCUUAUGUUUAAUAUUUCAGUAUGAAGUUGCUGUUAUCACUAAGGAUGGUGCAGUUAUUGAACCUGCUACAAGUGCGGACACAAACUGGGACAUCGCCCCAUUGGUUAAG